GGCUCCAGCAGCUGAAAGUUUACAGGUGCAUGUACAUUUGAAGUUACACGCCGGCCUCAGCCAUGUCGCAUGGACAUGGGCCUACGCAGGAAAGUCAGCCACUGUUGCGCUGCACCGUCCUCGGGGAACACAUCGUCCGCGCGGUCAAUGGCAAAUCGGCGACGGGAACCCCGACCACGUGCGCGAGUUCGUGCGCGGACAGCGAAGGGGACACGGAGAGGCUCCUCGUGAGCGGGGGCGACGACCGCACGGUCCUUGAUUUGAUCAGCGGGACGAACAGCUACCACUGCGAGCCCCGACCGAUCGGGCGGGGCGAUGUCAGCCGGAGCAGCUGCACAUGCAACCCGCCCACCGCCGAGGGCCACGCUGCCGCUCGGUCGCUCAUCGAGGACCGCUUUGCUGCCCCGCUGGCGUGCGAGGACGACGCCAGCCUCGCGGCCGAGGUCGCCAAGGUGCACGAGGAGCACAGGGCGCAGCUGCGUCUCCUGCUGCGCCUGCCCGAGGGCACGGAGUUGGCCUUCUGCCCCUCUGGCAGCGACGCGGAGUUCGUCCCGCUCAUGAUCGCGGCGGCCCUGGCUCCCGGGCGGCGCGUCGUCAACAUCUUGACGCAGCACCGCGAGACUGGCUCGGGAACAGGUGCGGCCGCCGCGGGCCGCUUCUUCACCCAGAGCACCCCCCUGGCUGGCGAGAACCCCGCGAGGCAGAAGGAUCUUCUCAUUGCUGGCCUGUCCGCGGGCGUGACGACGCGGGUGGUGCCAGCUCGCCACCGCGACGGCUCGCCCGUGGACACAGCAGCGGCGGUCGCGGAGUUGCAGCAGCAGGCCGAUCAGGCGGGCGACUACGUCAUCACUCACGUGGUCGCCGAAGGCAAGACUGGUCUCCAGGACGCACACAUGCCAGAGACGCGAGGCGCUGGUACCGGCAGCCUGGCGGUGGUGGACGCUUGCCAGGUCCGUUGCGGAGUGGAUGACAUAUCCAGAUGGUUGACUGGUGGAGCUGUGGUGCUGAUCACGGGGUCCAAGUUCUACCAGGGACCUCCCUUUUCUGGCUGCGUGUUGGUACCAUCAGCAGUGGCAGGUAGCUUGAAGGCCGCGGCCAGCGCUGGCGCUGUUUUGCCGCCGACGUGCCUCGACCACGUGGAGGGCCUCGGCGCCUUCUUCUCGAGCACCGAGCUGCCGCCCUGCCUCUGCAGGCUGGCCCCCGGGCUGCCGUCGAAGCCAAACUUGGGCCUGGCGCUGCGGUGGCGCGCCGCGCUCGCCAACAUGGCCCCCUUGCUGCUCCGCUUCCCGGCUGACGAGGUUCGGGAGUCCGGCGUGAGGGCUUGGGAAGCCGCGGUCGUGUCCACGGUGCACGAGCUGGGCCGAGGGGUGUUGGAGGUCUGGAGCGCCCGUGGCGGGAUCGUCAGCAUCCGCGUGCGCCGCCAGGCGGCCGGCCCGGCCGGAGGCUCCGACUGCGAGCCCGCGUGGCUCGGUGUGGCGGAGCUGCGGCGCUUGUUCGGCUGGUGCGCGUGCGACGCGACGGCGAUGCUGCCACCCAUCGCAGACGCCGAGUGCGCACAGCUGUGCUCGAGACGGUGCUUCUUGGGCCAGCCAGUGGACGUGGCCGACUCGUUCGCCGUGAUUCGCAUCGCGCUGGGCGCCAAGGAUCUGGAGCGAUGGCUCUCCGACGACGCUUCGCCCGACAACGGGGGCAGAGGCAGCGCGGUGCUGAAGGAGGACCGGGUCUGCGUGCAGAAGCUGGCCCUCCUCGCGGCGAAUUUCGCCACGGCGGCCGCGGCCGAGGAUGCGGCGGUGUCGAGGUCUUCGUCAUGAGGCCUGGACUGGCGACGUGGCAGAGCUUGCUGGCGACGUGAGGCAUGGGCUGGCGACGAUGCACCAGGCAUGUCAGGGGUAACGAUAGGAGGGAAUAGGCAUAGCGGGGAUGUCGACGUUUCCCCCCUCUAUGCCAGUCCCCCUAUCGUUGCUUCUCAGCAUGGGCUGGCGAUAGAAUGCCAGCAAUCAUCGUGUCGUCUCUCCCCUUCGCCCCGCCAUCUCAUGAUCUUUAUCCUGUCUCCCAGCAGGUCACCCUUGGUGUCCUCAUUCCGCGUGCUUGCCCGAGGUCCGCUGCGAGCGCUUCCGCUCGAUGGGCGCGGCUUGUGGCCAGUUAGGCCGCUGAGGCGACGGGAGCCCAAACUGGGCUUCUGUUCUGGGAGUGGACUCGAGUUCACUUUCCAAGUCGCCAGGCCUCGAAUGCGGACGGCCGCGUGCGGCUUUUCAAAAAUAUAUGUCCCCGCUGCACUUGAUGUCGGCACGGCAAUGCGGGCCGAGGCCGUCUCGUCGGGCGCUCUGGCAUGAAGUCAAUACACAAUUUUCCAGAGAACAAGCAUAAGAGCCCCGCUCUUAGUUUUGUUGGGGCUCACAGGAGUCGCCGCGGUUCAAUCAUGCCGCGCGGUUUUUAAACGAACUGCUUGGUCGGGAGUGUUUUCAGCGGCUCCCAGGCGUCACCGCGGCUCAUGUGCCGCGUGCGCCUUUUGAAGGAAUGCUUGAUCACAGUUGCGCCCUCCGCGCGAAAGCAGCACCAUCGUCGUCGCCGUUACGGUUGCCACUGUCAUCAUUAUCCAGUUGCUUGCGGCAAAUCUUGCCACCAUACCAGCGCAGCGUCGAAGUGCAUGCUAGACUGUUGCGUUGAGUCCUCUCGAGGUGGCUCUGUGCAAUCAUGGUUGCACAGGGCCCCCGCGUGUUUGCAGGGUGUCUUUUGUGGCAGCCGUGGGCGCGAUGAUUCUGCCUCGCGGAGAAGAUCCCCCCAAACAGUGCCCUCAC